GGAGGGCUUCCUCCAAAGGAGUCCUGAGAGAUGGGGCUGAUGGCUCCCUCCGCUCUGGGGUCUUGCUCUCCGAGUCAGUAAGAAGCAUUUCUCAGGGAAUGGAGCAGGUUGAGACGGGGUAUCUGCAUUGCUCUUUGCAGGGCAGAGCUCAGAGUGCACUGACACAAGCACAUCCCACAUUGUCGCUGGCGCUGGGGCAAACGGCACCUCUGCGGUGCACACUGCAGGGCGUGGAGUUCAUUAGCACCACGGACCCUGGCUGGUAUCAAUAGCACCGGGGAGCAGUCCUUGGCUACUGAUCUAAAAAUCCAAGAGCAGAGCCUCAGGUGUCCCUGAACUCUUCUCUGCUGAUCUCUCUGGUAAUCUUGCAUGGUUGACCACCCCUGGGGUCCAGGCUGAAGAUGAAGUGGAUUAUUACUGUGCUGUGUGGCACUCUGCCUCUCCUCACAGGGACCCAGUCAUAUGGGGAACUGCAACAACAACUUUCCCUUCCCUCCCAGCCUUGGCCUCACUAGCAACUGCUCUGGUGUGGAGUUGGGUCUCUGGAGCAAGACAUGUCUCCUUUUUUUCCCUCCAAGGGAGUCCAGGAGAAUGGACCUUUCUCACACCAGAUGGGUUCCAGGGCACCUGCAGGCCUGGGCUUGGCACAGUGUAUUUCAUGAAUUAGUUCAGAAACAAUUUGCAUGUAAUCACAACCCAUUUGACUGUACAUUGGGGAAGGACCUGGUCUCUCAUCCCUGGUGCAUGAAGCCUGACAUGCUUCCAGAGAUGCAAGUUAUAGCCAAAAUUACACAAAGACGUACACGUACAUGCACAUGUGCACACACACGCAUCCAUUUGCAUGUGCACACACAGAUGCACACCAUGGAGUGCCCUGCCAGGAUAGUCCAGCGUGUAAGGGAGGAUCCAGUAAGCCAUCACCAGUGCCCACCUACAGAACUCACCUGAAGCCAUGUCAUUACCUGUUUCCUGGGAAAGAGGGGCUUUGAACAGCAGUGAAUUGGUUACAAGCGGCCUGCCCCUACUGCUUCCUUUUUUUGGCCCUUGAUUCUAAAGCCAGGCACAUUAUCUCUGACAAUGGUUGCCUAGUUCCCCCACUGUUUUUCCAUGACGAUGUGUCAGGAGAGGGUACUCGUGACCACUAGGUGUCAAUCUUGCUGCACAGAUGAGCCGAAAGUUAACUCUGAGUGACAGGCGGUCUCCAGGGAAACAUGUAAACAAGCAUUUCCUCUUCUGUAUGGUCUAACUGUCCAUUCACUCCAUGUCACGGUUUUUGAAUUGGCCCUUUCUGAAAAAGACAUCCUUUUCCUGCCAUCUUUGGGUGCUGGGGUUCUCAGCCCAAAGAGACGAGGGGGAGGGAGGUCUUGGGACUGAGGUCCCAAUGCACUACUCAAGCAGGUGGCACUCAGUCCUUUUGUCUGCAAAUUGGGGAUGUCAGCCAGGCUCCUUCCUGCCCUUCCUCUGUCUUGUCCGCUUGGAUCGGAAAGUUUACCCGGUGUUGAGGGACCCUGGCUCCAUGUGGAGCCUUCUGGGGAUCACUGCGAUACAAAGAGAUCUUUGCCAGCCGUUCUUCAGGGAAGCCAGAGGUCUUCGGGGCUCGCACCAAAACCUGCGGAGUCCUGCUUUUUCCACCAGCAGAAAGGUCAGGGGAGAGUGGAGAGACUAGUCAGUAGAAUAACGAGGCAAAUGGCAGUGUCUCCGGUCCUCCCCAUCAAGGCUUUCAAAGUCUGACCCAGUCUUCCUGGCUGCUCUUGAUUUUCCUGGGGAUCCCUGUCAGCCCAGUCCUCUGACUGUACCAGCCUCCCUGCAGGGAUCCAGAGAGCAGCUGCCUGCUUCUCAGGAUGCUUUCAUGAGUUAUUUCUACUCCUGGGCCCAGGGACGUUGGCUGCAUGCGGAUGUUCAGGGGACAAGGCAGAAGGGGAGACCUGAAAUACAUACAUGAAAUCAUGUUUUUCACAAAACAAGUGUGUACAAUUCUGCAAUGUUCAGAAGAGUCCCUUGCCUCAGCCUUCCUCCUCUCCAGUGCUUCUUGAGGCUGGGGCCAUCUUCUUGAAUGCCCCAGUUCAGCACCCAGCAUUUUCAGGCCUUUACCUGUGUCAGGCACUGAGCCCACGGCAAUGCCAUGAACAUGAGACACUGGGGACAGUGUUAAGAAGAAGUGUCCUGAGCAUGAAACCCCAAACACUGUUAGUCACUUGGAUAAUGGAAAAUAAGUUUCUCUCGAAAAAUGGUCAACGUGGCACAAUGUAGGUCAGGCUCAAGUGCUAGGAGUUAGGACACAAAAAUAAUCUUGGUGCCCCACCUGUGAAGCAGUGUGUUGUAGGCAGGGCAGAGGAGAGGCCAGAGUUAAUCAUGGAGGUGGAGAAACUACAAUUCAGAAUAUCUUCCUCAGUAAAGAGGUAACAGGGUGAGGGGACUUGCACAUUGGUUAUCUACCCCCAACACCUCUUUUCCCAUGACAAUCAAUCAGGAGGAACGGGAAGUUUAACCAUGGGUAUGAGCAGGAAUCUCCAGGAAAGCACUUCCCCUUCAGGCGCUGUGCACUGGGCUCUGCUCUGCCGGCUCUCCGAGCGGUGGAAGCAGAAGGAAGAAACACACGUCCUGUCUGGACAGGGCGAUGCACCAGCAGCAGCCAGUGAGAGGGGACAGAUUUGCAUGAAGGGGCCAGUCUCAGCUCUGGGGCUUUAUGAGAGACUCGGAGGGCCCCAGCCUGGGAGACUUUUGCCUCAGGAAGCUCAACUGGUCAGGAUUUGUCACCAUGGCCUGUGCCCUGCUCCUCCUGGUGCUGAUGACGUGCUGCUCAGGUCAGCAGAAGGGUUCAGGCUGUGCCUGUCAUGGGGCAGUUACUUUCCUGCCAGCGCAGUCGAUGAAUGGUUAACAAUGGGUUUGUGAUGUUGAUUUCAGGGGUCUGGUCACAGCCUGUGGUGACUCAGGAGCCUGCGAUGUCCUCAGUGUCCCCAGGGGAGAUUGUCACUCUGUCCUGCAGCCUGAGCACCGGAGCCAUCGCCAGCGGCAACUAUGCUGCCUGGUACCAGCAGAAACCUGGCUCUCCCCCUCGGCAGCUUAUAUACAGCACCAACAACAGGCCCUCGGGGAUCCCCACCCGGUUCUCGGGGGACAUUUCUGGUCAGAUGGCCGCCUUGACCAUCACGGGGGUCCAAGCCGAGGAUGAGGCCGACUACUACUGUGCUGUGUAUACUGGCAGCAGUACACACUGCACAGUGAUAGAGCCCGAUGGGGAACUGAGACAUAAACCUUUCUCUUCAGCAGUGCCCUGCUGGGAUCUCCCUGCCCAGGCUGCAGAGUUUGGUUGUGCUGACUGCAUUUUCAUUGAACCCCCCAGACCUUCCCUAGCUUCUGUCCCCACUGCCCAUGUCCUGCCGGUCAGCUCAGACAGCCCAUGUAGACCAGAUGAAUGUUUUAAAUGGUCUCUCAAUUUACUUUGGCAAUCACAUGCUGUGCUCUGGCAUGUCAGCUCCAGCAGCCUCCCUGAAGUAAUCCAGAAGGCCAAUUUUGCGCAUCCUCAUAAUCUUUCCUUGGAUCCUCCUGCUAUUUCCUCUGUAGGGCUUUUGUCACCUUCUAUUGGGGCAGAUUUGCAUGAAGGGGCCGUUCUCAGCUCUGGGCAUUUAAGAGAGACUUGGAUGAUCCCAGUUACAGCCUGUUCACUUCAGGAAGCCGAGCUGGCCUGGAUUCCCACCAUGGCCUGUGCCUUUCUCCUUCUUGUUCUGCUCGCAUACAGCUCAGGGGUCCGGUCACAGCCUGUGGUGACUCAGGAGCCUUCAGUGUCUUCGGUGUCCCCAGGAGGGACUGUCACUCUGUCCUGCAGCCUCAGCACCGGAGCCAUCACCACCAGCAACUAUCCCUCCUGGUACCAGCAGAAACCUGGCUCUGCCCCUCAGCUGCUUAUUUAUGAAACUAAUAAGAGACCCUCCGGGGUCCCCACCCGGUUCUCCGGGUCCAUCUCUGGUCAGAAGGCCGCCUUAACCAUCACCGGGGCCCAAGCUGAGGACGAGGCCGACUACUACUGUAUGGUGUAUACUGGCAGCAGCAGUGCGUUACGACACUGUGUUUCAUCCUGAUGAGGAACUGAGACACAAACCUCCCUCUUCUCUUGUCUCUUCAUGGGCUGUUCAGGCUUUGCCUGCUCGGGCUGCAGACUUUGGCCUUGGCCAGGAACAGGUCUAACUGCUUUGGUUUGUUUCUUUCAGAAGCCCAGCCCUUGUGUCCAGCGGGGACGGCCCUUUCCUGCUCCCACCUGCCUGAAAUCAGGAAGCUUCUUUUCCAGGUUCACCAU